GAGAGGCGGCGGGAGGAGGAGGAGGAGGACCGGAGCCUGCUGGUGAGCAAGCCGCUCUGGAUUCGUGUCCAGCAGACGAACACAGUGCUCCACAGCAGCAGGACUGUUGCCCAGAGACAACAUGAGUGGACCCCUUCAGAACGAGUCAAGCAACACAGGAAGCAACUUGAAUGGAAGUGAACACACAGAGAUGUGUGGUGGUGGGAGUAACUUCAUAGCUGGUGUCUUCAUCCAGGCCAAGAAUAAGAAGAUGAGCAUCUAUGAUGCCAUGAUGAGGGGGCUCCUGACGCCAGGCACGGCCCUGGUGCUGCUGGAGGCACAGGCUGCCUCAGGGUUCCUCACGGACCCCGUGAGGAAUGCCAAGCUAUCGGUGAAAGAGGCACUGACCGCGGGACUUAUAGGCAGAGAUUUUUAUGAGAAGCUUCUGUCAGCAGAGGGAGCCGUGACAGGGUACACAGAGCCAUACACAGGACACAAGAUCUCCCUCUUCCAGGCCAUGAAGAACGAGUUCAUAGUCAAGGAGCACGCUAUCCGCCUGCUCGAGGCCCAGAUCGCCACCGGCGGCAUCAUCGAGCCCAUCAACAGACACCGCCUCCCUGUGGAGGCGGCCUACCAGCGAGGCUACUUUGACCAGCAGAUGUGCCAGUUUCUUCUGAACCACAAGAAUCAAACAAGAAGUUGUUUUGACCCCAACACGCACGAGAACCUCACUUAUACACAGCUCCUCCGCCGCUGCGUGCCCGACCCGGACACGGGGCUGCUCAUGCUCCAAGUGAUGGACAAGGGCUCGGUGCUCUACCAGCUGAACAAGGACGCCCGCAAAGCCCUGCAGGCUGCCCGCACCACCGUCAGCGUGGGGCUCUUCCAGGGCCAGAGCGUCACCGUCUGGGAGCUCCUCUUCUCUCGCUACAUCUCUGAUCGCCAGAGAGAGGAGCUGCUGAGGAAAUAUAAGGUGGGGACGGUGACCAUCCCAGAAAUGAUCGCCACUCUCACUGCCAUCAUCACCAAGGCAGAAACAGGAAACCAGGAUCUGAGCUCAUCCACAGUAACACCCAGCUGUGAGGUGGGAUCACCACAACCAGUACAGGAUACACACUCCCAGGAGCAGCAGUUGAGAAAGUCAUUAAAGUCUGCGACCAUCUAUGUCACUGCUGGUGAGUUCCAGGGACAAAAUGUUUCCUUGCUGGACCUGCUCUUUUCCAAAUACAUCCCUCAGGGGAAGCGGCAGGAGCUGCUGGAGCUGUACAGAGCGGGCAUACUGACCACAGAACAGGUGGCUACUGCCGUCACCACCACGAUCAACAAGACAGAAGCUGCCAAUACCACACUUGCAGCGAAUACCAGAAGUCCACAGAAGGUGGUGACAAGGGCAGAGGAAAAUGGAGAUGAUGUUUCAGCACAAGAUGCACAACUAGAUAACGUCUUGAAGUCUACCACCAUUGACAUGCCAGCUGGUGAGUUCUCUGUGUGGGACCUGCUCUUCUCUGACUACAUCUCUGAGGACAAAAGGCAGGAGCUUCUGGAGCUCUACCAUGGAAGGGUAUUAACCCUGGAGAAGAUGAUAACUGUUGUCACCACCCUCAUUAAGAAAAAAGAAUCUACAGGCAGGAAAUUCCAAAUUUCAGUGAAGACUUCCAACAAGGACACCGUGCCAGUGGCAGGAGAGAAGGAUGCUGUCUCCUCCAAAGAAGAACCAUGGGAAGCAGCCUUGAAAAACACAGUUGUCGACAUGGAGGCUGGAGAGUUUCAGGGCCACAAGGUCUCCGUGUGGGACUUGCUCCACUCAAAGUACAUCCCUGAGGAGAACAGAAAGGAGCUGCUAGAGCUGUACCAGGCAGGAGAGUUAACCCUUGAGCAGGUGAAAACUGUUGUCAGCACUAUUGUAACCAAGGCAGAGGAAGCAAGAGCAGCGCAAGCAGCACAUGAGAGUAGUUCAAGGGCAGAGACAGCAGUCACUGAAGCUGAGCACACCCACCACCUGCAAGAGGACAGGACCUGGGAAGAAACCCUGAAGUCCACCACAGUUGAGAUGGCAGUGGAUGAGUUCCAGGGGAGGCAAAUCUCUGUGUGGGACCUGCUCUUCUCUGAUUACAUCUCUGAGGACAAAAGGCAGGAGCUUCUGGAGCUGUACUGUACUGGGACACUGGCCUUGGAGCAGAUGAUAACUGUUGUCACCACCCUCAUCAAGAAAAAAAAAUCUACAGGCAGGAAAUUCCAAAUUUCAGCGAAGACUUCCAACAAGGACACUGUGCCAGUGGCGGGAGAGAAGGAUGCUGUCUCCUCCAAAGAAGAACCAUGGGAAGCAGCCUUGAAAAACACAGUUGUCGACAUGGAGGCUGGAGAGUUUCAGGGCCACAAGGUCUCCGUGUGGGACUUGCUCCACUCGAAGUACAUCCCUGAGGAGAACAGAAAGGAGCUGCUAGAGCUGUACCAGGCAGGAGAGUUAACCCUUGAGCAGGUGAAAACUGUUGUCAGCACUAUUGUAACCAAGGCAGAGGAAGCAAGAGCAGCGCAAGCAGCACAUGAGAGUAAUUCAAGGGCAGAGACAGCAGUCACUGAAGCUGAGCACACCCACCACCUGCAAGAGGACAGGACCUGGGAAGAAACCCUGAAGUCCACCACAGUUGAGAUGGCAGUGGAUGAGUUCCAGGGGAGGCAAAUCUCUGUGUGGGACCUGCUCUUCUCUGACUACAUCUCUGAGGACAAAAGGCAGGAGCUUCUGGAGCUGUACUGUGCCGGAACACUCCCCAUUCAGGAACUCAUCAGCACCAUCAGCAGCAUUGCAAUUGACAGCAAAGAAAGGAAACUUGCAACCCUUCCCCAGCAGACAGUGGAUCUCCUCCAGACUGAGGGCUCCUACAUUACCUUUGGCCCAUUCCAGGAGCAGAAGGUGUCAGUAUGGGAGCUCCUCUCCACCAAGCAAGUCUCAGAGUACAAACGAGAGGCACAUCUUGACACUUAUGGCACAGGGGGGCUGACUGUGAACAAGAUCACCAUCACCACCACUGUCGUCACAGGCCCACAGGGAAAGAAGAGACACCACCAGGACCACUAGCACUACCUGCCCCAGAAGAGAAUUAAGCUCUACCUCCUAUGGAAAAUGCAACCUGGGCUCUUCUGAGCAUUGGCUCUCCAUGCAAUACAGUUAUGGACAGGAAAGAGUGGUGAUGAACCUGUGUGUGGAACAUGGUGGUCUCCUGGUUAAACUCUUUCCUGUCUCAACUACUACUUCACUCAGAAUGUUUUUGCCUGGUGGAGCAUUCCUGGGGGAAGGGGGGAGGGAGAUUUUAGGGAGGGCAGGGGAGGGCUUGUGGCUGUCACUUCCUGCCAGACUCACACGGGCACUGACAAAGGAUAGGGAAAUGUGGGGUCAGCACUCACAGCAAAUGGGUCAGAGACUGCCACCAAUGGGAUCAGGCAGAAACCACAAAGCAGGAGCUAUGGGCAGCACAACUGGCAGCCCCAGAAGAGCUACAGAGGGACAGACCACCUCUGCACGGGAUAGCUGGGACCCUGGCCCUGCUGAGGAGCAAGCAGUGCGGGCAGCACACAUGGCUGCAGUCACCUGCAGGACAUUUUGCAUGCAUUAACUUAAAGUGGGAUUGGGCUUCUGGUGCCAAGGCUCUGAUGCCAGCAAUGGUGAGCAGCUGCUGGGUGCACUUGCAGGAGCCCAGAGCUAUCAGGGGCAAAGGGAUGCCACAGGGAAGGGUGCUCCUGUGUGUGCCAGGGACAUCCCGAGUCCCUGUGCCCUUGAAGGUCACUGCCCACUGGGGAGGGAAAGCAGCUAUGAGAGCGUCCCCAUGCUGCCUGGCACUGAGCUGAGCAGCCAUGCACAUGUGCAACAUGGAUGUGUGCUGCAAAGUGUAUGCACUGAGCGUGCAUGCAGGUACCACAGAGCCAUGUGUGCACAGCACCGCACGUGGGGCUGGACCUGCCAUGCCCUGGGGAGUCUGGCAUUGCAUUCAGACAUGGGGGGGUGAGGCACAGCCUGCAGCAUGUGUCUGUGUUCGCGUGUGCAUGUGUCACCGUUACAGGUGUGUGUGUGUACAUGUAUGUGUACACGCCCCUGUUACACCGCCGUGUGUGGCACAGCUCUCGCCCACCGUCUGUGUGGAUGUGA